AUGGACGCGCGCGGGGGCGGCGGGCGGUCAGGGGAGAGUCCGGGCAGCGAGACCCCUGCGCCGGGGCCGCCGCCACCACCGUCCCCGCCGCCUCCCCAGCCGCAGCCUCCGCCCGCACCACCUCCGCCACCACCAGCCCCGGACCCCGACGAUGAGGCCGGAUCGGGAGCUCCGCUCCGCAGCCGGCACGGCUCGUGCGCACGGCCUCGCGCGGCCAAGGGCGGCGCGAACGGCGAGGUCGGGCGCGGGGAGCCGCAGUGCAGCCCCGAGGGCCCCAAGGUGUCGUUCUCGUGCGGCCCCGAGGCCGAGGCGGCCGAGCCCCGCGGCAGCCAGGCCAGCUUCAUGCAGCGCCAGCUGGGCGCGCUCCUGCAGCCCGGCGUCAACAAGUUCUCGCUGCGGAUGUUCGGUAGCCAGAAGGCGGUGGAGCGCGAGCAGGAGCGCGUGAAGUCGGCGGGGGCCUGGAUCAUCCACCCGUACAGCGACUUCAGGUUCUACUGGGACUUCACCAUGCUUCUGUUCAUGGUGGGAAACCUCAUCAUCAUCCCGGUGGGCAUCACCUUCUUCAAGGACGAGACCACAGCGCCGUGGAUCGUGUUCAACGUGGUGUCUGACACCUUCUUCCUCAUGGACUUGGUGCUGAACUUCCGCACGGGCAUCGUGAUCGAAGACAACACGGAGAUCAUCCUGGACCCCGAGAAGAUCAAGAAGAAGUACCUGCGCACGUGGUUCGUGGUGGACUUCGUGUCGUCCAUCCCGGUGGACUACAUCUUCCUCAUCGUGGAGAAGGGCAUCGACUCCGAGGUGUACAAGACGGCGCGCGCCCUGCGCAUCGUGCGCUUCACCAAGAUCCUCAGCCUCCUGCGGCUGCUGCGCCUGUCGCGGCUCAUCCGCUACAUCCACCAGUGGGAGGAGAUAUUCCACAUGACCUACGACCUGGCGAGCGCCGUCAUGCGCAUCUGCAAUCUGAUCAGCAUGAUGCUUCUGCUGUGCCACUGGGAUGGCUGCCUGCAGUUCCUGGUGCCCAUGCUGCAGGACUUCCCCAGCGACUGCUGGGUGUCCAUCAACAACAUGGUGAACCACUCAUGGAGCGAGCUCUACUCCUUCGCGCUCUUCAAGGCCAUGAGCCACAUGCUGUGCAUUGGGUACGGGCGGCAGGCGCCCGAAAGCAUGACCGACAUCUGGCUUACCAUGCUCAGCAUGAUUGUGGGCGCCACCUGCUACGCCAUGUUCAUCGGCCACGCCACCGCGCUCAUCCAGUCGCUGGACUCCUCAAGGCGCCAGUACCAAGAGAAGUACAAGCAAGUGGAGCAGUACAUGUCCUUCCACAAGCUGCCCGCCGACUUCCGACAGAAGAUCCACGACUACUACGAGCACCGCUACCAGGGCAAGAUGUUUGACGAGGACAGCAUCCUGGGCGAGCUCAACGGGCCACUGCGGGAGGAGAUAGUCAAUUUCAACUGCCGGAAGCUGGUGGCUUCCAUGCCUCUGUUUGCCAACGCGGACCCCAACUUUGUCACGGCCAUGCUGACGAAGCUGAAGUUCGAGGUCUUCCAGCCAGGUGACUACAUCAUCCGCGAGGGGACCAUUGGCAAGAAGAUGUACUUCAUCCAGCACGGGGUGGUGAGCGUGCUCACCAAGGGAAACAAGGAGAUGAAGCUAUCUGAUGGCUCCUAUUUUGGCGAGAUCUGCCUGCUCACACGGGGUCGGCGCACAGCCAGCGUGCGUGCUGACACCUACUGCCGCCUCUACUCACUGAGUGUGGACAACUUCAACGAGGUGCUGGAGGAGUACCCCAUGAUGCGGCGGGCCUUCGAGACUGUGGCCAUCGACCGCCUGGACCGCAUCGGAAAGAAGAACUCCAUCCUGCUCCACAAGGUGCAGCACGACCUGAGCUCGGGCGUGUUCAACAACCAGGAGAACGCCAUCAUCCAGGAGAUCGUUAAGUACGACCGCGAGAUGGCGCAGCAGGCCGAGCUGGGCCAGCGCGUGGGCCUCUUCCCGCCCCCGCCGCCGCCGCAGGUCACAUCUGCCAUCGCCACACUACAGCAGGCUGUGGCCAUGAGCUUCUGCCCGCAGGUGGCGCGACCACUCGUGGGGCCCCUGGCGCUGGGCUCUCCACGCCUUCUGCGUCGCGCCCCCGCGGGGCCUCCGCCCCAUGCCGCCGCAGCCACCUCCUCCUCGCCGGGGCCCAGCGCCAGCCCCCCGGGCGCGCCCGCCAGUCCUCGGGCACAGCGGACCUCGCCCUACGGGCCGCCCGGCUCCCCGGCGGCGCGCGUUGGGCCAGCGCUGCCCGCGCGCCGCCUAAGCCGCGCCUCGCGCCCGCUGUCCGCCUCGCAGCCCUCGCUGCCCCAUGGCGCGCCGGCGCCCGGCCCCGCAGCCUCCGCGCGCCCGGCCAGCAGCUCCACGCCGCGCCUGGGGCCCGCGCCUGCCGCGAGACCCGCUGCACCUAGCCCCGAGCGGAGGGACUCGGCUUCGCUGGGUGCUGCCGGCGGCCUCGACCCGCUGGACUCUGCGCGCUCGCGCCUCUCGUCCAACUUGUGA